AUGCAGCCGACCAACAACAAAUCUCAUCCUCCAUCUUUGAGGCCCAUCUUCCGUCGCUCUCGUGGUGCAACUCCUCGCUAUCGCCAGCCAGUCCUACCGCCAACUGCGAACAAAUCUCGCAAUGUCCAUCAUUCGGACGGGCGUGAUUCCCAUCGCAUCUCCAAGACCAGAGAAAGUGACAGAAAGCUGGAUGCAAGCUCAAGUCUGGCAGACAAGUUUACAGAAAGUCUCGAUCACUACCGGGAGAGCGUGGAGAUUGAAAGCAAAACUCAGCUAGACGAAAUCGAGAGAAAACUGAUCGAGGGUCUCGAAGGAGUCACCGUCGACAUUGAAACGCACUUCCACGAAUUGGCGGAGACCGAAGAGCCUUUGCAAAGACCGUUUGCUGCAGAAGCAUUCACCCCGGUCCCAUCCAGAACAGAUACCGACUAUCGAUCGACGGAUGAAGUCCUGCUCAAAGAUCGUGUCUUGGAGUUUCGUGCGUUGCGCACAGAGAAAGAGGAGAUGUUGUGCAAAUUAUGGAAUGAAUGGGAAGACAUUCAAUUCGACCUGAUAAGACUUGCUGUUGAAACACUGGGUAAGCAGUCGAUCUUCGUCACUCAGCUCCAAGGGGGCGCCAUGAAGCCCGGCCAGCAAGAAAGACUCGAGGAGACCCUCGACCCUGCUCAAAGCCUUCAUGAUGAAAUACAUCAGCGCCAUGCAGAACUAGAGCAAAAUGUGGCGGGCUUCGAAGAGACCAUGGACCAGAUCGCGAACAGAACCAAGAAAGCGGCCACCGACAUGCAGGAACAAUAUAACGUGCAAAAGACCAAGCUAUUCAAGGGCCUCAUGCAGUCCUUUGAGCAGCUCGCGGCAUUGUGA